GUGAUGUUUUCAGUGGUAUUUUAGAAAUCACUUUACAGGAAUUGCCAGUUUUGGUACAAUUAAAAAGAUAGAAUUGUCUUAUGACAUGUAUUAAAAUAAUUAAAACUCUUUUUGCUUUAAGGAAAUUAACAGUAGAGGAAAAUUACCGGUUAGAGAAAGAAGAAAAACUUUCUAAAGUAGACGAAAAGAUCAGCCAUGCCACUGAAGAGCUGGAGACCUAUAGAAAGCGAGCCAAAGAUCUUGAAGAAGAAUUGGAGAGAACUAUUCAUUCUUAUCAAGGGCAGAUUAUUUCCCAUGAGAAAAAAGCACAUGAUAAUUGGGUAAGUUUUAAAUUUCCUUGUCUCUUUUGUUAAAUUGUACUUUUUUUUUUUACAUAAGAUAUGCUGCUCAUUUAAAUUAGAUGAA